UGGAAGGGCGAACUCUGCCCAGGCGGCGCAGUGCUGUGUCGGGUCAGAUCCACCUGAUGACAGCCGCCCCCCCCCCAGCUCUGAAAGCUCACCUGUGACCGGGACAGCGCAGAGGAACGCUCGGAGAUGGAGAGGCUGCUGAGGAAGUGUCGGAUCAGAAGCCAGCUGGUCCGGGAGUGCAUGGCUGAAUGUCUCGGAGUCUACAUCCUGAUUCUGUUUGGAUGUGGCUCCGUCGCCCAGGUGACCACAACCAAAAAUCAGAACGGCCAGUACCUGUCGAUCAACCUGGGCUUUGCUCUGGGAGUGACAUUUGGGGUCUUCGUGUCUCGUGGAGUCUCAGGUGCCCAUCUGAACCCCGCCGUCUCUCUGAGCAUGUGCAUUCUGGGCAGACAUUCAUGGAUCAAACUACCGUUCUACAUCUUCUUCCAAGUGCUGGGAGCCUUCCUGGCUGCAGCCACGGUCAGUCUGCAGUACUACGAGGCCAUCAGGACGUACAGCGGGGGGAAGCUGACUGUGACGGGUCCCACGGCAACAGCAGGCAUAUUCUCCACCUACCCAGCUGAGUACCUCAGUCUGUGGGGAGGCGUCGUGGAUCAGGUGAUCGGUACAGCUGCACUGCUGCUGUGCGUCCUGGCCCUCGGGGACCAGAGGAACACCUCCAUCCCUGACGUCCUGCAGCCCGUCCUGGUGGGAGGGCUGGUCCUGGUCAUCGGAGUCUCCAUGGGCUCAAACAGCGGAUACGCCCUCAACCCGGCCAGGGAUUUUGGACCCCGACUGUUCACGUACAUCGCCGGCUGGGGAGAAGACGUUUUCACGGCUGGAGGUGGGUGGUGGUGGGUGCCUUUAGUGGCGCCCUGCAUCGGCGCCGUGCUGGGGACGCUGAUCUACGAGCUGAUGAUUGAAGUCCAUCAUCCGGCAGAGACGUCCGAGCUCCAGACCUUGUGUCAGGAGGCCGCCGAGGAGCCCAAGAACGGGAUGGAGAUGGAGCUGGAGGGGGUGGAACAAGGUUGUGAAAAACCUACACUAAAAUGAAGACACGGGGAAUCUGUUUAUAUAGUGAAUAUAUUAUUUAAGGUGUGAUAACUACUAAAGAUGUCUGUGUAAAUGUCAAAGCAGGAGCUCACAUCAAAAACUACUAGUUAUGAAUAUUUGUAUAGACAUUAACCAGUAAAAUAUUUACUGGGAGGAGAAGAACGAGAGCCCUAAAUAGAGAUGAUUGUAAUGUACCAGAGAACUAAAUUCUCCCAAAUGGUAUUAUCUGUAACAAGUUAGCACCACUCAUCCAAAACUGUGACAACUAUUUACUUUUUUUAAAAACGCAAUCCCACUUACACAGGUUAAAAAUAAAUCAGACGUGUACUCACACACAGGCUGAAUAGUUUUCUUAAUCUGAUUCAUACUCUUUGAGGUCUUCAUCCAUUUUUUCUUACAAUUGUGGGUCAAAUGUUUUGUCAUAAUAGUGUCUUUCUGUCUGGCUCUGUAAUUCUCUGUCGUAUGAUGUUUUAAAGUC